GCGAGAUCCAAACGGCUGUUGGCGUGCGGCCGCGGCCUCGGCGGGAAGGUCGGUCUGGAGACGUGGCUCACGCCCCAGCCCGGCCUGGCCCUGCCGAGACCGCCAGCCCUCGGCGAUCAUGAGGAGGAGAGGCCCUGCCGAGGCCGAGGCCGAGGCCUGCGGCGUGUGGUUGGAUGCGGCGGCGCUGAAGAAACGGAAAGUUCAGACUCGAUUAUCCAAUCCCAUCACCAGAAUGCUGCCUCCAGCUCGAGGUGAGAGAGAAACUAUUGUUGGUUUUACUCAAAGAAGAGCUCAACCUGUGGGUACCAGGCAGACUCUCAUUGCAUCAUUUUUCACUUCAAAGUCAGGAAAGGCAAAUGAUGGUGGGCAGGGAAGGCCUUCACCUGGUACAGCAAGUCAGAGAAAGAAGGAACAGAAAAGAGAUGUCAUGUGGUUGGAUCCUCCUCCGUUGGUCCCUGGGGAUGAGUGUGCCCAGUGUCCUGAAACUGCAGCUGCUUCAGUCACUAACGAACCUGAGGAGCUCAUCUGUCCCCCUCCAUCUCCCAAAGAGGUACCUGACUGUUGCAGAGAGGCAAGACCAGCUGUGCUCAGUAGCCAAGGCCAGAAACUGCCUCUGCCCCAGUUGGACACUGUAGGCUCUACUGAGGUGGAUUUCGACUUCACCCAGAACUCUGAAGGCCUUGGUGUGCUAGCCCAUGGAAGAGAGGGUGGGAAAAUACAUUACAGACAAGGGCAAGAGACCAAGUGCCUAGUGGACAGGGCAGAUUUGGAAAGGACAGUAUUUUCCAAAGAAAACAAACAGUUCUUUGUCCUUCCCCAAGGCCACCAAGAAGGCAAAGCAGGGAAGGGAGAAAACAGGGAGCCCUGGUGGGGAAGGGAUACUGAAUUAGUGGAAAAAAGACCCUGCUCCAGCCAGGCCUUUUCUUGGGAUAGUGAGAGGUAUGACCUAGACUUGAGAAGCCAGUUGUUCACAAAAGAUUCCCAGGGCCAGAGGGUCAUUGCUCACCCUCCUCGAGCUGCUCUCCAAGAUAUAGCCAACCUUCCAAGAAAGCCCUUGUGUACGUCCCUUAGUUCUCAGGUUCAGUGCCAGAGCAAGUCUGUCCUGAGCACCUCUCAUUUAAAUUCCCAGCCUGAUAUGCUCUUUACCCAAGACUCUCAAGGUAACAGAGUCAUCAAGCACUGCUUUUGAAUUUAUGUUUUGGUGACAGGGCAUUAGACCCUUAAGUAUCCAGUUGAUAGAAAAACACCCUGAUAAUCUUGAGUUGUUUAGUCAUUUGGUGAGGGUGGGUAGUGGUCUCAAUAUGGGCCUAAUUCUGGAUUUGAGAGAAUGGAGGCAGUCCAUUGUUUAGCUUCAUCUUAAAUUAUGAGCUUUUUUUGUGAAUGUAAAUAAAACAGGCACUUUCACUUGUUGAGGGAGUAUUGGAAGAGUCAGGUUGGCAGGCACUCUUUCUGAAAGAAUUAUGUAUCUCUCAGCUCUUCUUGGAAGAAAACUACCAUAUUGAUCUGAAUAUAGGCUACAUCCUCUUCUAAAUCCAGCCAAUAUUAAAACUGAGUGUGGCCUAUCAUUGGUGUUAUUUUUCAGUUUUUGCCUAUAUGCCAUUUCCUUUCAAAGAGAUCUGUGGAGUGACCAUGGCAGUUAUUCAAAGCAAAACACUUUAGUGCAGGCUGUUCUUACUCUGCAGAAAAACUGCAAGGUUUGACUCAGACUUUUCAAGUGCUUUGUGUCCAUCUUCUGGCUUGGUUACAAUUUGGUUUCAGCAGGCUGUAAUUCUAUUAGUAGGUCCCUCAUCCACAGACCCGAAGCCUUGAUCUCUAGAUCAAGGGGUGAGAACUGGCUCAGGGCUUUGAGGAUCAGUUGAAACUCAGGUGGAAAGCGUGGUCCAUGAUUCUCCCUUGUAAUUUGUUUUCAAUAAACCAAUUUCUGAGAUUGGAGACAUAAUAAGCUAAAGUGGCCAUAUUCUGAACCAAAAUGAUUCAGGCAUUUUGAAAUGCUGGGGACUAUGGCAGCCCCAAGGAGAAUGCUUGAAUAGAGGAAGUGCUGGGUUUCAGAAAUAUCCACAUACCCAACAGCUUUGUGAGGCAAAUUAGGGCAUGUGUCAUUGUCACGAGGAGGUGGAGACAGAGAUGAAGUGAUUCCUCCAGUAGUCACACUGUUUGUAACUGUGACAAGACUAUAAUCUGAACCUCUUAGUCCCACUACUUAGUAAUACCAGAUUUGUGGAAUAGGAAUGUGAUUCAGGUCUCAAGUACACAGUCUCUCUAGGAGAGCAGUGUAUUUCAGACUUGUAUGUCAUAGAAUUGUAAACUUUUCUCUGUUCCAGCUCUGCUGCUCUAUAAAUGUGUAGCUUGCACAAAGACAACAAAACUUUUUAAGUACAAAGAUUGUGAGGUGAAAGCAAGUUAUUUUGGAAAGUUUCUUUUUUAAAAAUGUAGAGUUAUGUUUUGGUUUGCUGUUUAAUUCCCUAUUGUUCGUUCAAUGUUAAAUCUGUAAUAAAAAGUUUUUUUUUAAAUGAGUGUAUUG